AUUUAGGCAGGUUAUAUUAGAGUUUGCUGAGACAGUCUAUAAAUAGCUUAGUUCAUGGGAUUGUUGUAGAAUUAUAACAUUUGCACCUUCUUGAAAAUCCCAGCUUCUGUCAAGCCUUUCCAAAAUAUGAAGCAAAAGAUAGUCAUUAAGGUGCAAGUGGUCUGUGACAAAUGCCGGACCAAAGCCUUGAAGAUAGCUGCUGCAGCAGAUGGGGUUGUAUCAGUGGCAUUAGAAGGGCAAGACAAAGAUCAAGUGGUGGUGAUUGGAAAUGAAGUUGAUGUAUCUUGCUUGACCAGUUCUCUUAGGAAGAAGGUCGGCCAUGCGACUAUUGUAAGCGUGGAGGAAGUCAAGCCCAAACCUAAACCUGAUGAAAAGAAAAAAGAAGACACUAGUAAGAAGAAGGUAGAAGACAAGGACAAGAAAGGUGGAACUGAAAACAAAUGUUCAUGUCCAACACCUCUAUGUGCGUGUCCGCUGCCGUGUUACCAAUCUCAGCUAGUGUUUUAUGAUCGUGAUCCCUACCAGCCACCUUGCACCAUUAUGUGAUAGCCGGCCGGCUAGCCGGAUACGAGUAAAUCGAUCUAUAAAUCAUUCCGACUUGGAUCAUUUCAAAGCUGAUGUGACGUGAUUCCCCGUAGCAUUGCCCAUUAGAUAUACUUUCUGAUCUGUCAUUUUUUUGUUUAGCUAGCUUGCAUCUGCAUUAAUUAUAAGAUAUAUAUCUUUAAAUAUGUUGCGUAUCAAUAUCAUAUAUAGUUUCUGUUACCUAGUAAUUAAUUUGCGGCUUUCAG